GGAUACUUAUAAUUCAUUUUCUUCCGCCAUCAGAAAAAAAUAGUCCCGUGGUCACUUUGUACCACCGACAAAUAAACUCAAGAAACGCCUUUCUACCCUAGAUUUCAGCGAAAAGGCUGAAUAAUAAAGAAAAAUUAAGUAAAGUGGGUUGCCGUUCUUGGCGUUCAUCAAUUAAGGAUUCUUCCGGUGUGAGCGUAGGGAUCUCGCGCUAUAUAAGGCAGCCGGCCAGACGCCGGAUCCUCUCUCGGGUCCUCGUUUCCAAGAUGACCAAGAAAAGAAGGAACAACGGUCGUGCCAAAAAAGGCCGUGGCCAUGUGCAGCCUAUUCGUUGCACCAACUGCGCUCGAUGCGUGCCCAAGGACAAGGCCAUUAAGAAGUUCGUCAUUCGAAACAUAGUAGAAGCCGCAGCCGUUAGGGACAUUUCCGAAGCGAGUGUCUUUGACGCCUAUGUGCUUCCCAAGCUGUAUGUGAAACUACAUUACUGUGUGAGCUGUGCCAUUCACAGCAAGGUAGUCAGGAAUCGUUCUCGUGAAGCCCGUAAGGACCGAACACCCCCACCCCGCUUUAGACCUGCGGGUGCUGCCCCACGACCUCCACCAAAGCCCAUGUAAGGAGCUAAGUCCUUAAGGACUGAAGAAAAGUUUUCUGGAAAAAAAUAAAUGGAAAUUGUACUUUA